AUGCAAAACUCAAUGUCACAAGCAUACGCGGCACCUUCCUCGAUCCCCAACACCUCGACAGAAAAGCCCCAUUAUGAUGCCCCUUCUGCUGCUACUGCGGGCACAACAUACCCUCAAGCCGAUCCCACAACUGGUACUACCGCCGCCGCCGGCACAACACCAGCUACCAACCGCCCGACUACAGCAAGCACCUAUGGCAACGAAAAGCAUCCCACCGGCAGGGACUAG